ACUCUUCCUUCUUCACCUUUAUAUCAUCCUUGCUCGGAAUUUGAUCUUCUGAACAUAAUCUAGCGUUGCUUCAAUUUUCUUUCUUGAACAAUAUAUUUCAGGAAUCUUGGAUCUUGGUGCAUACUGUAAAUGGAAAAGUAUACGGAUUUGGAGCUGCGGUGGGAUCGGAAUGACCUACCAUAUGUGGAUUUGAAUCAGUGGAGCCCUUGGGAUGACCUACCAGAAGAGAAAGAUAUCUUUAAGCAGCUCCAGAGCCAUCUCAAUCCUUCCUUAUCUCCUGAAUUGCAGCUCUUUCCAGGAGAGGAAAUACUUCGUUUCUAUGUGAAGAAACUUCGCACUAGACCCUCGGUUCAUCCACUACCCAAAUUGGUCAAGCAUAGCGACGCUUCCGUUAGUGAGGAUGUCCUCGGAGAGAGAAAUACAGCGUCAAAUUGGAUUGCUACAACUUAUUUUGCUGUAAAUAUCAGAGAAACAAAAACAAAAACAGCUUAUGAUGAUGGAUACUGGUGGAAAAAAUAUGAGCAGAAAGCUAUUGCUGGUUCCAUAUAUCCAAGGGAAUUUUUUAGGUGUAAACACCAUAGGUCCGAGGGAUGUACGGCCCGUAAGCAAGUUCAGAGAUUGGACGAAGAUCCCACACUCUUUAAGGUCAUCCAUCUGAGAAGCCAUACGUGUAAACAAUUCUCCGAUUUGUAUACUGGCGAAGCUGCGGACACCACCGAGGAUGACUCAUCCGAUUAUAGAGUUUUCUCCCGAAAUAUAGAGGCAGCGUUAAUGUGGACUAUUGCUCGUCUUGAUGGAUACAGCUGGAGAAAAAUUGCGCAGAGUGAAGAUCUUGGUUUCAAAUAUCCAACGAUAAGUGGAUAUUUUCGUUGUCCCAACAAUGAAUCUGAGGGUUGUCUGGCCCGUAAAUGUGUUGAGAGAUCGGACAGAGGUCGCGCACUCUUUAAGGUCACCCAUCUGGGAGAACAUACGUGUAAACAACUCCCCCGUUUGGCUACCUACGAGGCUGCUUCCGAUUAUAAAAAAGUCUCCAGAAAGACGAUAUAUUAUAGGUGCAUCAACCAUCUUUCUAAGGGAUGUCCAGCCAUUAAGCAAGUCCAGAGAUCGAACGGUGACCCCUCAAUCGUUGAGGUCACCUAUGAGGGAAGACAUACGUGUGAACAAUCCUCAUUGCAGUUGCCCCAGCCGGCCGAAGCAGAGUCUGCAGAGAAGCCAGAGAACACUAGGCUAGUCCAGAGAUCGAGAUCGAACGGUGACCCCUCAAUCUCUGAGGUCACCGAUUGGGAAAGACGUACGUGUGUACAAUCCUCAUCACAUUUGCGCCCGCCGAUGGGAGCAGAGUCUGAAGUGAAGCCAGAGAAAUCAAAGAUGGUUUCUUUCGUGCGGAUCUUGCUCGUGGCCAACUUCGUCCUCGAGCUUUCUUCAGUUGUAUUUGACCAGCUUUCCUCUGUCCAUAAACCUCACUAUGCGCUGAUACUCAUGCUGCUGUCGUUUGCAUCCCUUGUUCCAUGCAUCGUUGAGCUUGUGUACCAAGGAAGAAAGAAAAGAGGCAGCAAGACACGGGGGAACAACAAUAGAAACUCCUUCAGCAACGUUGCUGAGAUUGUUGGAUUCACUUGUGCUAUCUGUCAGUCAAUCCUUACAACAACUAAUUAUGUUCUGCUUAUUAAACACAUCAAAAUCCAGAUCAAUAUUUCUGUAUGGCCUGUCAUUUUUGCCUUUGUCCUACUAUAUAUCGAACUUAUUGAUGGAACAGAUAAAUCGAAAGGGGAAAGUUCACAUGCUGAAGUAGGUCAAGUUUGAGGAACUUGUCAGCAAUGUAGAAUAGUUGUCAUUUGUGUAGUUUCUCACAUUUAUUUUUUUGUUCUUCAUCUUGUUAUAUGUAGAUAUAUUGUUUCUUGUAAUCAUUCAUCUUCUAUUUUAAAGUUAAGUACUGGAUUGGGUUUAUCA